CUGAGGUUUGGUUUUGUUUUGUUUUGUUUUGUUUUGGUGGCGCCAGGCAGCAUGUGGGAUCUUAGUUCUCCCACCGCGGAUAGAACCCGUGCCCGCUGCAGUGGAAGCGCGGAGUGCUAACCACUGGACUGCCAAGUCUACGUGUCUGUUGUUCCCAGCGCUCUACUGGGCUAUAGAAAGAGGAGGAACCUGUCCAGAAUCCCCGCAGGACAGGAAAAGGAGGGGACACUCAACAUGGAAAAACUCUGCAGUGAAAAUGAAGCAAAGCCUGAGAACCAAGGCAAGAUGGAAAACAAAGAACAGCCACUGGAUGCAGGAAAACCAGGAGCAGCUUGUACUAAGGAAGACAAGGAAAUGUUAGAAAACAAGGGAAGGACAGAUCACAAGGGAAAGACAGAUGAGGAAGUAUUAAAGGUUAAGGAAAGGCCAGAGAAUGAGACAAAGCCAAAAGAAGAAAACCCAGAGAGCCAAGGAAAGCCAGUGAGUGAGGAAAAAGCAAAAGAAAGUAAAGCAGAGAGUGAGGGCAAGCCAGAGAGCGAGGGAAAGCCAGUGAGUGAGGGAAAACCAAAAGAAGACAAGGCAGCCAGGGAUCCAAGGGAACCCAGGGCUGGCGGGAAGCGCCCAGCUGGGGAGGAUGUACCCAGGAAGGCCAAAAGAAAAACCAACAAGGGGCUGGCUCAGUGUCUCAAGGAAUACAAGGAGGCCAUACAUGAUAUGCAUUUGAGCAAUGAAGAGAUGAUAAGAGAAUUUGAUGAGAUGGCCAGGGUAGAGGAUGAGGUGAAGAAAACCAGACAGAAAUUGGGGGGGUUUAUGUGGAUGCAAAAAAGUUUACAGGACCCCUUCCACCCAAGGGGCCCAAGGGAACUCAGGGGUGGCUGCAGGGCCCCGCAGAGGGGCUUUGAAGACAUUCCUUUUGUGUAGUGCAUCUGGCAGGCAUUUACCAGGCCUUGUGUUUUAUUUAACCUUAUGCUAAUCCUAUACUUUAGGUGUCGCUCUGAUUAUUCAACUGCAGCCCUCUGUUUCAGUAGCAGAUUUUCAUCCAUUGCAUGGAAAAAUGUUUAUGGUGCAUUGUAAAAUUAAAAACAAAAAUAGUUUUCAGAACCAUA